AUGUCGAAAAAUAAAGGACGAAAGACUAAAAAAACAACACCAUCAGCAUCAUCCAGCAAAGGACCAUCAACAGGACAUUCUUUAUCAUUAAAAAAUCGUACAUCAUCAAAAAAUGCAACAACUUCUGUUCAUGGAGCUAAAGUUCGUUCAAAAUCAACUGUUAAACGAUUACAAAUGUAUCGUGGUGGAAAACCUAAACGUGAUCCAUCAGGACGAAUUGUUCAAGCGGCACUUUAUCAAGAACGUCUUCCAUCCGGUACUCAAGCACGUGUUGCACCUAAUCGUCAAUGGUUUAAUAAUAGUCGUGUUGUUACACAAUCAGCUUUACAAAAAUUUCAAUCGGCUUUAUCAACAACACUUGCUGAUCCAUAUCAAGUUGUUAUGAAACAAACACAAUUACCAGUUACAUUAUUGAAUGAAAAAGGUAUACAAAAACGUGUUCAUAUACUUGAUGUAGAAUCAUAUAAAACAACAUUUGGACCGAAGGCACAACGAAAACGACCAGCAAAUAUUACUGGUGGUGAUGAUAUGGAAGCAUUAAUGGCUAAUAUUGAACAAAGACAUACUGAAUAUGAUCAAGAAAAAGAUCUCGAUCUCAUGCGAGAACAUGAUGGUGUUAAACCAGAAACAAUGAAUCCAUUAUUUAAAGCUGGACAAAGUAAACGUAUAUGGAAUGAACUUUAUAAAGUUAUUGAUUCAUCGGAUGUUGUUAUUCAAGUAUUAGAUGCACGAAAUCCUGAAGGUACACGUUGUCAUCAAGUUGAAGCUUAUUUGAAAAAAGAAAAAGCUUUUAAACAUUUAAUAUUCGUUUUAAAUAAAUGUGACUUAGUACCUGUAUGGGUUACACAAAGAUGGGUAGCUAUACUUUCUCGUUCUUAUCCAACACUUGCAUUUCAUGCUAAUAUGAGAAAAUCAUUUGGUAAACAAGCAUUAAUACAAUUAUUACGACAAUUUUCUCGUUUACAUCAAGAUAAAAAACAAAUUUCAGUUGGUUUUAUUGGAUAUCCAAAUGUAGGUAAAUCAUCUGUGAUUAAUGCAUUACGUGCAGAAAAAGUAUGUAAUGUUGCUCCAAUUGCCGGUGAAACAAAAGUUUGGCAAUAUAUAACAUUAAUGAAACGUAUAUUUCUUAUUGAUUGCCCGGGAAUUGUUUAUCCAGCUGAAGAUACAGAAACAGAUAUUGUUCUUAAAGGUGUUGUUCGUGUUGAAAAUGUUCCACAACCAGAUCAAUAUAUUGAUGAAUUAUUAAACCGAGUUAAAAAAGAAUAUAUACUUAAAACAUAUGGAAUUGAUGAAUAUUCAAAUGCUGAAGAAUUUUUAGAAAAAUUAGCAAGAAAAUAUGGAAAAUUAUUAAAAGGUGCUGAACCUGAUAUGCAAACAGUUGCAAAAAUGGUUUUAAAUGAUUAUCAACGUGGAAAACUACCACAUUUUGUAUCACCACCAGAAGAUCCAGCUAAACAAGAAAAUGAUGAAAAGAAAGCUCAAACCGGUACUGUUGGAGAAAAAGAAAAUGAAGAAAAUAAAGAAGAACCAAAGGAAGAAAAGGCUAAACCAAAAUCCAAAACAGAUGACAGGAAACCCAAGAAAACGAUCAAUAAUCCAAAAGAUCGUUCAAAAAGACAUCAACAAGGAACUUUAUCAAUUGAUGAUAGUGAUGAUGAUCGCACUUCAAGAAAGAAGAAAAAAUUUAAAAAAAGAUAA